GCUGACUGCAUACAUUUCUGUAAUUCAUUCAAAGUAAUCUAAAUACCUAAUAUUUCUGUGUCUAAUGACUACUGGCAAUUAUAAAAGCGUGCCAUUUUGAGUGUUAGAAGUAAUAAUUGGCUCUCUACUCCUCUCUCUCAUCAAAGCUUUUUACCAGUUUUAGAAAUCAAUGGCCGGAAAAAGUAAGAUUCUGUUCAUCGGCGGUACUGGUUACAUCGGAAAGUUCAUCGUCGAAGCUAGUGCUAAAGCUGGCCACGACACAUUUGUCUUGGUUAGAGAAUCCACUCUUUCCAAUCCUAUCAAAACCAAACUCAUCGAUACUUUCAAAAGUUUUGGCGUCACCUUCCUCCAUGGAGAUUUAUAUGAUCAUGAGAGUUUGGUGAAGGCGAUAAAACAAGUGGAUGUUGUGAUUUCUACAGUAGGUCAUGCCCUUUUAGCUGAUCAGGUCAAGCUAAUUGCUGCUAUCAAAGAAGCUGGCAAUGUCAAGAGAUUCUUUCCCUCUGAAUUUGGGAACGAUGUAGAUCGUGUCCAUGCAGUUGAGCCUGCUAAAACAGCAUUUAAUACUAAAGCUCAAAUUCGUCGCGUUGUUGAGGCUGAAGGAAUACCAUUCACUUAUGUGACCACUUUCUUUUUUGCUGGUUAUUCUCUUCCAAAUUUGGCACAGCCUGGAGCUGCAGGUCCUCCCAACGACAAAGUUGUCAUCUUAGGAGAUGGCAAUACUAAAGCUGUUUUUAACAAGGAAGAAGACAUUGGUACCUAUACCAUAAAGGCUGUUGAUGAUCCAAAAACACUUAACAAAAUCCUCUACAUCAAACCUCCACACAGUAUAAUUACGUUAAACGAGCUGGUAUCCUUGUGGGAGAAGAAAACUGGAAAGAACCUUGAAAGAAUAUAUGUACCAGAGGAACAAGUUCUCAAGAACAUACAAGAAGCCUCGGUUCCAUUGAGUGUGGGAUUAUCGAUCUAUCACACUGCUUUUGUGAAGGGUGACCACACUAAUUUUGAAAUUGACCCAUCAUUUGGAGUAGAGGCAUCAGAGGUUUAUCCUGAUGUUAAAUAUACGCCGGUAGAUGAGAUUCUCAACCAGUAUGUCUGAAAAUAUAGAGUUCCUUCAUAUUAAGCAUAAGGUAAGGAGCUUCCUGCCUUUUCUAUGAUGUUACAUUAGUUGUUUUCAGAUGUAAACCAUUUGAGAUAUAUCUUCACUUUAAAUUCUUGUUUA